AUGUCGGAACGCUCCAGUGUGUAUUCUGAAAUGCCCAUGCAGAAGCUCACCGUGACCAAUCCAGACCUGGAUGCAGUCUCUUUGAGAACUCCUGAAAACAUGCAGCUUCCUAAAGAUGAUAGUCCCCACAGUAGCUCCAGUCGCCACAGCUUGUCGCCUCCCGUUCCUAGACAUCACCUCGCUGAGCAGUCGAAUAGAAGGGUCUCCAAUAUUUCCAAUGCCCCAGGUAGUAGGUCAUCCGUGAUGUCUGAAUAUUCGGGCAUAGUGCAGCAUGCUGACAUUGAUACCGUGAAGUACGUGGUGGACAGAGACUCUGACACGUCUACCACUGUUCCGUCCGAAAGGCUGUCGGAAGUGAAGAAAAUCAACGGCUCAAAAAUUCACUACUCUUCGGGAGCUAAAGACCUCAGUGGUUUUCUGAAGGAAACGUCUCCGCUGCUGGAAGAAGACGAUAAAGAGAGUAUCAGAAAGCCUCAGGUCAUCCCGGUGAUUCGUCCAUCCGAGUUGCUCAGCGAUAGGUUCCCGCGCGUUCCAGACAAAGAACAGUACACCCAAUUGAAUCUGACGAUCCCGCCAAGAUCUCCAAGACGGCCUCUCUCUGGCGGUUUUCACUCUAUUGAUAAGAUUUCCACCAAGCCUGGACGUCCAUCGACGGACUCCAGCUCCUCAGGGAGAUCCAUCGGCCGUGCUAGUGGAAAAUUCGACGACAUCAUGAAGGAGUUUGAGGUUCUUCGCAGCGAAAUUGAGGCAGAGGCCGGUCAGGAACAAACCAGUCGGAAUUUUGGCGUUCCUCCUUUCAAUUUUCACCAAUACUCACCCUCGCAGGCCACAAGCGCUCGCACAGGUGCAGAUUCUUUCCACACAGCCAGAUCUAUUAGUGAAAGCGAGGAUGACAACGAGAAAGAGGAGACCGAACCAUUGAAGAAAGUCAACUCUGGCUCCACUGUCUCGGAGGAGUCUAUAUUCGACCAGACUGCCAGGGAACAGAAGCCAGAAAAUGCAGAGGGGGCUCCAGAAGAUGACUACGAAGACAUCGAAGAACCCGAGGAGAAGCCUGUGCCACAAGCCUCUACUAAGACGAAAAAGCGCGCCAAAAGACCAAAAUCUAGAAUUAAGUCAUUUUCCUAUGAUACACUAGCACGUCUUUUGAAUGCAACUGAUGGAAUCGUUAUUGGUCAGGAAUUUGCCGAUCUCGAUAUUCCUGCUGACGAAAAAUAUCUUAUCGAACAGGUUGUCGAUUCCCUGUCCAGACUGACUGCUAACAUGAUGCUCAAUCCAAACCACUACCAACAGGGGUGCGAGCGCCUCGAACGUGUUUUGGGAGCCCUAGAAGGUUUUGACUGA